UUGCAACCCUGGUAACACUUCCGGGUAAGUGUCCGUAAACUGCAGCUGAUUAUUUUAGCUGUCGUCUGCUAACAAUAAAUGGCGACUGUUUGGUAACGGGUGUUUUUAAAACGCUGAGGUUCAUUUAUUUCGAUAAAAUAGUAAACAUGGCUGAAAAAUUUGAUAAUCUCGAGGAGCAUCUGGAGAAAUUCGAGGAGAAUAUUCGACAAUUAGGAAUCAUUGUUAGCGACUUCCAGCCGAGCAGCCAGGCGGUUCUGAAUCAGAAGCUAAAUUUCAUGAUUUCUGGGCUACAAGACAUCGAGAAGUGCCGACAGCAGCUUCAUGAGAUCAAUGUCCCUCUGGAGGUCUUCGAGUACAUUGACCAAGGCAGAAACCCUCAGCUGUACACCAAGGAGUGUCUGGAGAGAGCGCUGGCGAGAAACGAGCAGGUCAAAGGAAAGAUAGACACCAUGACGAAAUUCAAGAGUCUCUUAAUUUCCGAGCUUAGUAAGGUUUUCCCGGAGGAAAUGUCCAAGUACAAGGCUAUCCGUAGUGAAGAUGCACCCUCCUAGCAGCCGCUCUACCUUCCACCCAUGCAGGCAGCUUGCUGACACAUCUGGUCAUUUUCUUGUAAGGCAACACAAGAAUAACCGAUACACUUGUUUAUACCACCUGAUCAAAUGGACUGUGUUAUUUUUGUUGCAAAGGUAAACAGGAUUUUCCUAACAUUUUCCACCCUCAUUUGUAAAACACCUUAACUCAGGUUUCUUAUGACUUUAGUGACGAAAUUCGAAAGUUGUUAAUUUUGUGCCUCGUCACUCGGAAGGGUCAAAUUAAUCCAGACUUUAUUCGUAAAGUUUUUGUACAAAACUGUCAUUAAAUUAACUUAACAAA